CAAUAAAGAUCUGCAGUCAAGACUUCAGUUUGUUCCAACAGGUACUGCUGUGAUGAGGUGAAACCUUUAACCGUCCUCGGAGCUGAAGACUCCCUCUGAUUUCAGCAGCGAUGGCGACGGCCAUGGAGAUGCUGGAAGCUUUAGAGGAUUUGGGAGACAGGGAGCUGAAAAACUUCAAGUGGUACCUGCAGCAGGCUUACUUCCUGAAGGACUUACCAACGAUCCCAAAGAGCCGGCUAGAGACGGCCGACAGGCCGGACACAGUGGACCUGAUGGUGCAGACCUACAGCCAGCAGUGCGUGGAGGUCGCCAAGAGGGUUUUAAAGAGGAUGAAGAGGAAUGAUCUGGUGGAGAGUUUAUCAAACACAGAAUCUGGAGCUGAAGGUCAGUCAGCUGGUGCAGCACCUGGUGCAGUGGAAGUCAGUGAUGUUGGAGAGACUUCACAGAAUAAAGAGGCUUCAUCUGUUCAGCCACAGACUGCUCUCCUUCCUGACCUCCCACCUGUCAGCAGGCACACUGAAGUAAAAGAGGUGCAUUUAUUGAACAACUCCAGUGAGGAACUGAACACAUGCAGCACACUUGUGGAAGUCAGUGAUGUUGGAGAGACUUCACAGAAUAAAGAGGCUUCAUCUGUUCAGCCACAGACUGCUCUCCUUCCUGACCUCCCACCUGUCAGCAGGCACACUGAAGUAAAAGAGGUGCAUUUAUUGAACAACUCCAGUGAGGAACUGAACACAUGCAGCACACUUGAUGUGGUGAUACCAGUACCACAGCCUCCAUGCUCCGACACAUUGCUCCACCUCACACUGCAGUCUGACCUCCAGAAUCGGUUUAAGUGUGCACAAGAGGUGUGGACUGAGAGGCAGCACAGCGUGAACAUGGAGCUGUUCGUCACAGACAGGCAGGACGGACAUGCUAACGUGACAUCAGCAAAACCAAUUAAACCCUGCGACAUCUUCAAACACCUCUCCAAACAAGGCACACCUGUAAGAACAGUGCUGACCAAUGGGAUCACAGGUUUUGGCAAAUCAUUCCUUGUGCAGAUGUUUGUGUCAGACUGGGCUGAAAAAAAAGCAAAUCAAGAUUUGCAUCUCGUGUUCCCAUUCACUGUCCAGCAGCUGAAUUUCUGGAAGGGAGAGAAGUUUCAUUUGGCAGAGCUCAUUCACACAUGUAUCCCAGAAACCAACAGCAUUAAGGAGGAAACUCUUAAUGACAUUUUCACAACAUUACAGAGCUCCAGAAACACUGACAACAGUGAAGUCAAGCUUCUGUUUGUGCUCGAUGGACUAGACAAGAGCAACCUUCAAUUAGACUUCAGGACCAAAGCAAAUACCUGUCUGGAUGUAACAAAAUCCACCAGAGUAGAAGUCCUGUUGACAAACCUCAUCAAGGGGAAACUGCUUCCCUCUGCUCGCCUCUGGAUAACCACACAACCUACAGCAGCCAAUCUGAUCCCUCCUGAGUAUGUCGACAUGGUGACAGAGGUCAGAGGGUUCACUGACCCACAGAAGGAGGAGUACUUCAGGAAGAGAUUCAGAGAUGAGGAGCAGGCCAGCACUAUCAUCUCCCACAUCAAGACAUCACAAACCCUCCACAUCAUGUGCCACAUCCCAGUCUUCUGCUGGAUCACUGCUACAGUUCUGGAGGAUGUAUUGAAAAGCAGAGAGGGAGGAGAGCUGCCCGAGACCCUGACUGAGAUGUACAUCCACUUCCUGGUGGUUCAGAUCAACCAGGCAAAGCAGAUGUACAGCCCAGACAAAUGCAUUCAAUACAUUCAGUCACUGGCUAAACUAGCUUUUCAGCAGCUGCUGAAGAACAACACAAUCUUCACCGAGGGAGACCUGAAACACAGUGGCCUUCAUCUGAGAGCUGCCUCAAAGUACUCUGCAGUGUUCACUCAUAUCUUCAAACAGGUGAGCAGCCAGAGGAAGUACGAGAACCAGAGAAAGAUGUUCUGCUUCAAUCAUUUGAACAUCCAAGAGUUUCUGGCUGCGGUUCAUGUGAAAAUAUCACUCUCAAACUACAACAAGAACGUGAUGCCCAUGUCACGAGUCCAAAGUUUGCAGAUGUGUUUCAGAAAAACAUCGACAACAAAUGUCCACAAACUUGCAAUGAACAAAGCCUUAAAAAGUCCAAAUGGACACCUGGACUUGUUCCUCCGCUUCCUCCUGGGGCUUUCACUGCAGACCAAUGAGACUCUCCUACAAGGCCUGCUGAUACAGACAGGAAGUAGCUCACAGACCAAUCAGAAAACAAUCAGGUACAUCAAGAAGAAGAUCAGAGAGAAUCUGUCUGCAGAGAGAAGCAUCAAUCUGUUCCACUGUUUGAAUGAACUGAAAGAUCAUUCUCUAGUGAAGGAGAUCCAACAGUACCUGAGAUCAGGAAGUUUCUCCACAGAUGAACUGUCUUCUGCCCAGUGGUCAGCUCUGAUCUUCAUCUUACUGUCAUCAGAAAAAGAUCUGGAUGUGUUUGACCUGAAGAAAUACUCUUCAGAGAGAGCUUCAGAGGAGGCUCUUCUGAGGCUGCUGCAAGUGGUCGAAGCCUCCAACAAAGCUCUGCUGACUGGCUGUAACCUCUCAGUGAGAAGCUGUGCAGCCCUGUCUUCUGUUCUCAGCUCCCAGUCCUCCAGUCUGAGAGAGCUGGAUCUGAGUAAUAAUGACCUACUUGAUUCAGGAGUGAAGCUACUGUCUGCUGGACUGGGGAGUCCACACUGUACACUUGAAACUCUCAGGCUGUCAGGGUGUCUGAUCACAGAGGAAGGCUGUGUUUCUCUGGCCUCAGCUCUGAGCUCCAACCCCUCCCAUCUGAGAGAGCUGGAUCUAAGCUACAAUCAUCCAGGAGACUCAGGAGAGAAGUUGUUGUCUGCUGGACUGGAGGAUCCCUACUGGAGACUGGACACUCUCAGGAUGGAUCAUGGUGGAGAACAGAGGCUGAAACCUGGUGGAAGGAAGUAUGCCUGUGAACUGGAGCUGGACCCAAACACAGCAAACACAGACCUCAAACUGUCUCACAACAAGAAGGUGACAUGUGUGGAGGAGUAUCAGUCAUAUCCUGAUCAUCCAGAAAGAUUUGACAUCUGUCCUCAGCUGCUAUGUAGAAAUGAUCUGACUGGUCGCUGUUACUGGGAGGUCGAGUGGAGAGGAAUGGUUUUUAUAUCAGUGACUUACAGAGGAGUCAAAAGGAAAGGAAACACUGCUGAAUGCAAUUUUGGAAUGAAUGAUCAGUCCUGGAGUCUGCACUGCUCUGACGUUAUUGACGUUAGUUACUCUGUCUGGCACAAUAAGAAAAGCCUAGAAAUACAUAUCCCCUACUCCUCCUCCUCCUCCUCCUCCUCUGUCUCUAACAGAGUAGCAGUGUAUGUGGACUGUCCUGCUGGCACUCUGUCCUUCUACAGAGUCUCUUCUGACGCACUGAUCCACCUCUAUACCUUCAAUACCACAUUCACUCAGCCUCUGUGUGCUGGGUUUGGGUUUAGGUUUGAGGUCGAGCUGAACCCACUGCUUCAUAUUGAGUCCUCAGUGUCUCUGUGCAAGCUGUAGGAGGGAUGAAACUGAAUACUUAUAAAUCAUUCAGUCAUGAACAGAUCAUGCACUCAAGCAGAGUAGACACUGUAUGAUUCAUCCCUGACUGAUGUUAGAAUCGAGUUGAGUUUCAGUCAGAUCAGUUGUUGUUCCUGUGCAGUUUGAGGACACAACAACUUAUUAAUGGAUCCUUUUCAUGGCAGAUAUUUUGAUUUGGCAGAGUAGGAAAAGUACAGGUGUAAAUAAUAACUCUAAAGGUGGCUCCAUUCCAUUAAGUGUCCCAGUAAGCCAUGUCAGUGAGUGAACAUGCAGAUACCAGAGUGCUGAAACUGGCUGCAGUUAUCAUUAAUGUUAUGAGUUCCACCUGUGAUUUUCCCUCUUUGACAGGUCAAAAUGUCUGUUGUGAAAAAGGGUCUAUUACACACUCAAAACCAUUUAGAUCAAUACAGCACCAACAACUCACUUUGUGCUGCCUAUUUGCACGUCUCCUCCCAGCAGUUCACCCUGCAUGCAGCGCCGCACCACAACACCACACAGAUGGGCAAAGUAAAUUUCAAGAUCAGUAAAAUACAAAACUCUCCAUGUGCUGCUUGUGCUGGUCAAAAAAAUUAUUGGUCAAAUUAUUUAAACUAGCUGAACUGGCAGCCAUCAUAGUCUACUCACAGUCCUCUGUGUUCUGGUUAUGAUUGGACUUAAAGAUCCAACAUGUUAGAGUAGGCUUAGACAUUAUCGCUAUGACCAUAAUACCUGGCUUUGACAUUACCACUUUAUUACCAUACCAAAUUAAAGUGGAGGGACAAAAUGUCUCGCUGUCCCCUCUUUUCUCUUUUCCGGCGCCAGUGCCUCUACGUCAUAGAGCCACAAUUUCAGGCCCACCCACAAUUCAGUGCUACAUAGUUCACAGUCUUUUCACAUAUUUUCAGCAAUUAUUUUCUAACAUGUAAAAUGUGUUUAAAAAGAAAUCUCUGAUUUUUCUUAACAUGGACGUUACAAUUAAUAAAACACCCUGACAUGUAAGUUUAAAAGGAGUAGAGCAGAUUAUAACAAGAUUUAGUUACUUAAACACCAUUGAUUUUUAGUGUGUAAAAUCAAUCAGCUGAUGGACGAUCGGUUGGAUUUCUGACCAGUCAGAAGUUCUGGCUGGCUGUCUGCAGUUUGAGUAGUUUCCCACAAUUCAGCAUAAAGUUAUCUGAAACAGUUCAGAAGUAAACAACAACAAACACACUGCAGACAAAGGACAUGUUGUGUCAAUAGAAUCUGUAGAAGCCAGGUUCAUCCAGGUGAUUUCUGUACAAAAUUAAUUAUCUAAAAGUAAGGCUGCCUUUUUCUCUGUUGACAACAACUUUGAUAAGAACUUUACUGGAAUUGUCAAUAGACAAACUAUUCUGGGAGAGGCAGCAAUGUUCUGCAAGACAUCUAGUCUGCUGGAAAUCCAUACAAAGAAGAAGAAGAAGAAGAAGAAGAAGAACCUGUUUGGAGAUUCUGUGUAAACAUUCAGAGGAGCAUCACAUCAUGACGAUCAAUCAGACGUCCAGAAGGUACAGAAAUCAUAGGAUUAACAGCUAAUUAUAAUAUGUGUGACAGAGUUAACACAAUGUACACAAUUAACAGAAAUACACAGUGUCUGCCAGCUUAAACAGAUACACACAACAUCCACAUGUUUGCAGUAAGAUUCUUUUUUUGUGUUUCCUGACCACAAUUCGACAAAAAUAUCACAACACUCAACAGCUGAGUCAGAUCAAAGCACACAGAUAUUAUACACACACUGCUAGAAUCAGAGUAACUCAUCUUUCCACUGAUGGUUGGGUCUCUGAAUGUUACUAAAUAUUGGUUUAUAAAACGUUCCCUGUUGAGCAUUAUGUUCAGUCGUACUCCCAGUAUCUGUGAUGGUAUUGUGAAAACUUCUCCAGAACGAUGUGCUAAGUUUGUGUCAUCAGUUUAAUUUCACUUCAGAAUGUCCAGACUCUGGAAAACAGAGCUUUUAGCUUCCGGCCUCUCCUCCACUUUACAUCCAUCUAUACUGUAUAUAUGUUUGUCUUUGUGUACAAAUCAAAUCAUUCAAUCUUUUAUAAAGUCUUUUAUUUUUUAUGUGCAAACAAAUAAAUACAAUAAAUAAAUCCUGAACAUUAUCACAGUAGAUGAAUUUACAGUGAAGACAGACAGAUGUGUUGAUUAUUGAUGAUCAAAGCACAGCAGAAAGCUCUUCAUAUCUACAUUCAACCUUGUCUCCUCGAAAUGAUGUUCAUAUACGACUAGAUUGUUUUCCUAAUUAUGCUGCGUUGACAAACAUUAUCUCUGCCUGGAUUAUGAUCCUAUUAUACGGCUCAAACACUUUGGUUCGAGUUGGUGAA